GGCAGCUACAAAAUGAAAACCCCUGCCCGUUAGGUUUUUCAAUAGGAAAAGAAAAGAAGAAGACUAUACCUCCCGCUUCUUCUAAGCAUUCGAAUAUAUAUAAUAAUAUCACUCAUCUAAAACCAAAUCGCUAAUCUCUUUUCUUCAUCAUAAUUUUCACUUCGCUUUCCAAUAGCACAGAAGAAGAGAGAAAAACACACGCGCAUAGAGAGAGAGAGGGAGAUUAAACCCUAGGGUUCAUCUUCUUUAGUGAGGUUCUGGUCUUUCGUGUUCUUCUAAAUUAGUUUCUUUCUAUUUAGUGUUAGAAUGGCUAUGGAGAUCACACCAGUUCUUUUGGCUGCCCAAUCAUUGGAUGCAAAAGUCCGGAAUGAGGCAGAGGCUAAUCUUAGACAGUUUCAAGAGCAGAACUUGCCUCUUUUCCUCCUGUCCCUGUCAGUUGAGCUUGCAAACAAUGAGAAACCUAAUGAAUCACGUCGGUUGGCUGGUAUCGUGCUUAAGAACUCUUUGGAUGCAAAAGAUGCCAUGAGAAAGGAACAUCUUGUUCAACAAUGGAUGGCAAUUGAAAUAUCUAUUAAAUCUCAAAUCAAAGACUUGCUACUCAGAACCCUUGGGUCGUCUGCACAGGAGGCAAGACAUACUUCCGCGCAAGUUAUUGCAAAAGUUGCUUCCAUUGAGAUUCCACGUAAGCAAUGGCCUGAGCUAAUUCGAUCAUUGCUUAGCAAUAUGACCCAACAAGACAGUCCUGCAGCACUAAAACAGGCAACGCUGGAAACUCUGGGAUAUGUCUGUGAGGAAAUAUCCCAUCAAGACCUUGUACAAGAUGAAGUGAACCAUGUUCUCACUGCAGUUGUCCAAGGCAUGAACCUUGCUCAACAUGGUCCUGAGAUUCGCCUUGCAGCAACAAGAGCUUUACUUAAUGCCUUAGAUUUUGCACAAAGCAACUUUGAAAAUGAGAUGGAGCGAAAUUACAUCAUGAAGGUGGUCUGUGAGACAGCCUUGUCAAAAGAGGCAGAGAUAAGACAAGCUGCCUUUGAAUGCCUUGUUUCAAUAGCAUCAACAUAUUAUAUAGUGCUUGAACCUUAUAUGCAGACCCUUUUUCAACUCACAUCAAAUGCAGUAAAAGGAGAUGAAGAGACAGUUGCCCUUCAAGCGAUUGAGUUCUGGAGCUCCAUCUGUGAUGAAGAGAUAGAACUUCAAGAAUAUGGAAGUUCUGAAACUGGGGAUUCUGAGCCUGUUCAUUCACAUUUCAUACAGAAGGCCCUUUCGUCUCUUGUUCCUAUGUUGCUUGAAACAUUAUUGAAGCAGGAAGAGGAUCAAGACCAGGAUGAUGGCAUUUGGAAUAUAUCUAUGGCAGGUGGGACAUGUCUAGGUCUUGUGGCUAGAACUGUUGGGGAUGCUGUUGUGCCCCUUGUAAUGCCUUUUGUAGAGGCUAACAUAGUAAAACCAGAUUGGCGUAGCCGUGAGGCAGCUACAUAUGCAUUUGGCUCAAUUCUUGAAGGUCCGGGCACUGAUAAACUGACUCCACUGGUUAACGCUGGCUUGGAUUUUCUGCUUAAUGCCAUGAGGGAUGGCAAUAACCAUGUCAAGGACACGACUGCGUGGACUCUUAGUCGUAUAUUUGAGUUGUUGCACUGUCCAGCAGGUGGAUUUUCUGUUAUUUCUCCUGAGAACCUACACCGGAUUGUAGCAGUUUUACUGGAAAGUAUUAAUGCUUCUCCUCAUGUAGCUGAGAAGGUUUGUGGUGCUAUCUAUUACCUUGCCCAGGGAUAUGAGGAUGCAGGAGAAAGCUCCUCACUACUUACACCAUGCCUUCCUGGUAUCAUUUCUCAACUUCUUAAAACUGCUGAGCGUACAGAUGGUGGUGACUCAAAACUCAGAUCAUCUGCAUAUGAAACCUUGAAUGAAGUCAUCAGAUCUUCCAAUAUUAUGGAAACAUCCAAAAUCAUUACGGAGCUUCUCCCGGUCAUCAUGAACAAACUUGGGCAGACUCUAGAUCUUCAGAUUGUAUCUUCAGAUGACAGGGAGAAGCAAGGGGAUUUGCAGGCUUCUCUCUGUGGUGUUCUCCAAGUCAUUAUCCAGAAACUUAGCAGUACUGAUGAAACCAAGCCCAUCAUACUCCAGGCUGCAGAUACAAUUAUGAUUCUAUUUCUUAGAGUUUUUGCGUGCCGAAGCUCUACUGUGCAUGAGGAAGCAAUGCUUGCAAUCGGUGCUUUGGCUUAUGCUUCUGGACCAGAGUUUGGCAAAUAUAUGCCUGAAUUAUAUAAGUAUCUUGAGAUGGGAUUGCAGAAUUUUGAGGAGUACCAGGUUUGUGCCAUCACAACUGGGGUGGUAGGUGAUAUAUGCCGUGCAAUGGAUGACAAGAUUUUACCAUACUGUGAUGGGAUCAUGAGCCAUCUUAUACGCAAUCUUCAAAGUGUUGAGCUCAACCGGUCUGUCAAGCCUCCCAUAUUCUCCUGCUUUGGGGACAUUGCUCUUGCAAUUGGGGAGCAAUUCUCUAAGUACAUUGAGUCUGCUAUCACAAUGAUGCAAAGUGCUGCUCAGAUAUGUGCCCAGAUAGAUGACAGUGAUGAGGAGUUGAUGGACUAUGGUAACCAACUCAAGCGUAGCAUCUUUGAAGCUUAUUCUGGUAUUCUUCAGGGUUUUAAAAAUUCCAAGCCAGAGGUGAUGCUGCCGCAUGCUGGCCAUCUUUUACAGUUUAUAGAAAUGGUUUUUAGAGACAGUCAAAGGGAUGAGAGUGUGACAAAAGCUGCAGUUGCUGUGAUGGGUGAUCUGGCAGAUGCCCUUGGUUCCAACACGAAGAUAUUGUUCAAGGACAAAACGUUCUAUUCUGAAUUUCUUGGUGAAUGCCUCCAAUCCGAUGAUGAACAGCUUAAGGAAACUGCAAAUUGGACCCAGGUGAUGAUAGCACGUGUUAUGGUCUCAUGAGAUGUAGCUAGAUCUGUCCGUGAGUAAAAUAUCUGUUUAUGGUAAAUUUGUGCUCAUUAGAUUAGAAGACACUUUUUUUUUUUUGCUCUUUUCCUUUUUAGUCUCUGGUGAAAAGUGUCAAGGGCCCAGGAAAAGAGAAAAGAGGUCAUGCAUCCAUGUGGUCUUGUACUGGAUGUGUAUGAUUUUCUGUUAAUUCUAAACGGGAUGGGAGAGAAAUAUUUGUUAAAUGAUUUGUGGAACUGUGCCACUAAUCAGUGGCUUAUUAGGUCAUUUUAUUUAAUGAUUUCUUUUUUCA